AUUUCUGAUUAGGGUAGUACACGGAUAAAGGAUGAUGGAACCCUGAAAGGAAGUAUGUGCAAAAUUUUGGCAGUUUUAAAUAAUUUAGAUAGCGGUGAACACUCUAACCCCUACAAUCCUAGUCUUGUCUUGCAUGCUCUUCGGGCCCAUGGAUGGAUUAUUAACAGGGAGGAGCAGGAUGCCCACGAGAUGCUGAAUGUUCUAAUGACAACUCUGGAGGAAGAGAUGAAAGAAAAGAGCAGUAGAAGUAAACCCAGUCAUGCUUCUCUCCUUGAUAUAUCUAACCUGGGAGUAUCUGAUGAAGAGGAAGAGGAAGACAAGGAUGAUUCAAGGGUGUUUCACAGGGGGAUGUCCUGUCCCCCUGAACGUGCCAGCAGAGAGAGAUUGUUGCCGCGUCCUUCACAGUCGAUAUCUCGAGAUACCUCGCCAGUGACAGAAUCAAGGGAAUUACCAGGAAGACGACAUAGAAGAUCAUCUUCUGGUGUAUUUAACAAGUUUGGGGAACUUAUUCCUGCUUCUCUAGAUCCCAUUCUAGCUAACAAGGGUGAAAUAUCUCCUCUCACUGGUCUAUUAACAAAUAAAUUAUCAAAUAACGCUGGAAAAUCAAGUUCUCCAGUGAAAUAUUCAUCCUUUAACAAUAUAACUCUCAACCUUCCAACCCAGGUUUUUGGAUUUGUAACCUUAGAGACCCUUCUUCAGAUGUUUAUUUCUAAGGAGAGUGUGGAAGGAGAAAGUAAAGAACAAAAUUUAAUAAAACAAUUAACUUUCGGGAAACUUCCUGAAUGUCUUUGUUUACAUAUUCAGAGAACAGGGUUUGGUGGAGGACAGCCCUUUAAGCGUCAUGAAUUUGUAGAGUUUCCUCCGGUUCUAAGUAUGGAGAAAUAUGUUUACUCCACUCAGCUAAUAAAACAAAACUCUAUUAAUAACUUGAAAGCGAGGGGUGCAGUUGUAGAUUUGGGAUUAACUAGCAGUGGAGGUUUAGGAAGUUUAUACAGCCUGAGAGCUGUAAUUGUUCAUUCUGGUGGAAUAGAUUCAGGGCAUUAUAUUACUUACAGGAAAGGUCCUAUUGGAUCCAAGACUGAAAAUAAAUGGUUUUAUACUUCAGAUUCUUUAGUUAAGCAGGUUAAAUACUCUGAGGUGUCCAGAUCUUCUGCGUAUAUGCUCUUCUACGAGAGAGAAAACAAGUAGCGGUUGAACUCAAUCUAAUUGAUACUUCAAUCCCAGCGCUUCAGAAUAGAAACUACAGUUUAAUCUAAAACUUCCAAUACAUCGAAAGAAAUUUCAAAAUGUCGUCUUGACAAUUUUUCAAUAGGUUUCAUACAAUUAUACCUAAAUCUUAGUAAUUGUAAAAAUAAAUAAAUAGCCAUGAAAUAUGCAGGAAGAGUUAUAAAGAGCUCCAUACAUUUAAUAAAAAACUAAAUGUC